AUGGUCCUUCCGCACGGACAAAACUCCCAAGUUGCGGAUGCGCACAGUACGGGCCCAUGGCAGGAUACCACCGUUGAUUCUGAACCCCGUACUGGUGCUGCCACCGGGAAACGUCAAGGCCCAAAUCAGUACUCGCCCAUUCUUGGAGAUGACCUAAUCUCCAUCCCAAGGAAACAACCGAGGAAACCGCGCAACGAUGCCGCUACCGGUGUUUCGGCGGCCGGUGUUCGAGCUCUCAGUGCUCAAUUUGUCGCAUUUUACUUUCGAGCCCCCAUCAAGGCUUUCUUUCGGGCCCGCGUGGAUUAUAUGGCACUGGCAAGGGCUGUAAAUCCUCGUGUUGCGGAAGGGAAAUGGUCGAUUCAUACUACGACGCCGGGAUUGUUGCUUCAUGCGGUGCGGACGUAUGGUUGGCAGUUUAUUCCUAACCAAGUCUUACCUCCGUUGAUGGCAAAUGCUGGUGUCGGCGCAGUUCUCUAUACAUCCUACCUUCAAGUCCUCGGCAGUCUACACGAUCCGGUCUCUCAAGGUGCCAAGCGCGUCUGGCCGCCGGCUCCUCCAUCCGCAACCUUUGCUGCCGGGUUUACCGCGGGGACCAUCCAGUCCAUUGUGGCCGCGCCUCUCGAUGCACUACAGGUGCGCAUGCAAACCAGCGAUCUGCUGGAAGGUCAAUACCGCAGCAUGUGGCACUACGGACAUCAUAAGUUGAAACAGAUUGGACUGCGGGGAAUCUUUGCGGGAUGGAGUCUGUCCUUCUUGCGAGACUCGUUCGGCUACGCUGUUUUCUUCUCUACCUUUGAAUACGUCAAGUCGCAGUCCUACUAUUCCUUCAUUACGUGGUACUACGGCGCUCUCCACGCCGAACACCUGGAGCGGAUCCCAUCCGCAGGCUCUAGUGACCGGGGCGUGCCCCUGAUCAAACCACACUAUGCGCUAGAACCGGGAUUCCUCCUGUUGGCCGGCGUGGCGGCUUCGGUGGCACAGCAGGUCAUCCAGCAUCCGCUCGGAGUAAUCCAGGACCUGCAUCUGGGUCGCUUGGAGUAUCUGGAUCACCAGGCCAGUCUGGAUCCUUCUCGGCGGCAGAUGAUGCGGCUCUACUACCACGCCUACCAGGAAACGUGGAAGCGCUGUCGACGUAAGGUUGCUCGUGCGGGCGGGUGGCGACCCUGGCUCUUCCGGGGAUUCUUUUCAACCGCGAUUCGCCAGGUUCCGAGCACCAGCGCCGGAUUGAUCAUCUUUGAGCUGGUGCGUCGACGGUACGCCAGUUUGGCAGAUGCGGUGCAUAUUCAGAGCGAUGGCGGCCACCGGCCCUUCGCAACCGCCAACAUUCCUUCUCCAACCUCCCCGCGCGCCAUUCUCCUCCACCCACUCGAUUCCCCCCGCCACUCCGCCAGCAGCCGUUCGUCCUCUGAUAUCUCCGUCGGGUCAAAUACCGGUGAUCUCGCCGAGCAACUCACUGACGAGGAUCCGCUUCAGAUCCGCCUACGCCAGUCUCUCGAUCGCCAGCUCCUGGGUCAUCGAGAUAGGCGGAGUCAACCGAAGCGGGUCCACUACCCACAGGAGCUCGACGACGACGAACUCGACGACCUCGACGUCGAGAAGAUCCCCAUUCCAAAUCCUUCACCGCGACGCAUCUCUCGUGCUGAACGUGCCCUCGCCGCCAUCAUGUCCCCCGCAACGGGCGGACCGCCCAGAUCCACGGUUUGUUAUUUCACCAGUGUUUUCGUAUCUCUCGGCGUCUUUCUAUUCGGCUAUGAUCAAGGUGUUAUGAGUGGCAUUAUCACAGGAUCGUACUUUCGUGAUUACUUCGAUCAGCCCUCCCGAGCUACGAUCGGUACCGCCGUGGCAAUCCUCGAAAUCGGUGCUUUGAUAUCUUCUCUCAUGGUCGGACGCGUCGGUGAUCUGAUCGGUCGUAGGAGGACUAUCCUCUAUGGAUCGAUGGUCUUUUUCGUGGGCGGCGCCAUCCAGACAUUCGCUACCAGUAUGGCAAUGAUGAUGGUCGGUCGAAUAAUUGCCGGUUUAGGUGUCGGUGCUUUGUCGACGAUCGUACCUGUCUACCAGUCUGAGAUCUCGCCCCCGCAUAACCGUGGAAAACUCGCCUGCAUCGAAUUCACUGGGAAUAUUGCCGGCUACGCAACCAGUGUGUGGGUCGACUACUUCUGCAGUUUCAUUGAAUCCGACUACUCCUGGCGUUUGCCACUUCUUGUCCAGUGCAUUAUGGGUGCUCUGCUCGGAAUCGGAAGUUUGGUCAUCUGCGAAUCCCCCCGAUGGCUCUUGGAUAACGACCACGAUGAGGAAGGCAUGGUUGUCAUCGCCAAUCUAUAUGGCGAAGGAGAUCUCCACAACGACAAGGCACGCCAGGAAUAUCGUGAGAUCAAAAUGAAUGUCUUGAUCCAACGGCAAGAGGGUGAACGAUCCUAUGCCGAUAUGUUCAAGCGAUAUUGGAAGCGAGUUUUGAUCGCCAUGUCCGCACAGGCAAUGGCUCAGCUGAACGGAAUUAAUGUGAUCUCCUAUUACGCCCCUCUGGUUUUCGAGUCAGCCGGCUGGGCCGGUCGUUCUGCGAUCCUAAUGACCGGCAUCAACGGUAUCAGCUAUCUACUUUCCACCAUUCCACCGUGGUAUCUGGUAGAUGGCUGGGGCCGCCGGCCCAUUCUUCUUUCAGGUGCGGUCGCAAUGAUUAUCUCGCUCUCGUUGAUCUCAUAUUUCAUCUACAUCGAGAUUUCCGCCACUCCUCUUUUAACUGUCAUCUUUGUCAUGGUUUACAACGCUGCCUUUGGGGCGUCUUGGGGUCCCAUUCCUUGGUUGUAUCCCCCGGAAAUUCUGCCCUUAAGCAUUCGCGCCAAGGGUGCCAGUCUCAGUACAGCCAGCAACUGGGCUUUCAACUGGCUCGUUGGAGAAGUCACUCCUGUCCUUCAGGGGGCCAUCAAAUGGCGACUUUACCUAGUGCACGCCUUUUUCUGCGCAUGCAGUUUCGUCCUUGUCUACUUCCUCUACCCAGAAACCAGCGGUGUCCGCCUGGAAGACAUGAACCUCCUGUUUGGAGAUGCGUCAACUGCAAUGCCCACACCCGCAACUGAAGGCGAACGAGGAUCCCUCAUGGGCGCUGGAUCGCCCGUUCCUUCUCUUGAUAUCAACAACAAUCGAAGACCACCCGGUCAAUUCGGGUCGGAGAGUGCUAUCCCGGGACUCGACAUUGACCCGCCUUCUUUUGCCAGCCCUGACGCCGCUGGUAAAUCUGGCCGUCCAGGUUCCCACCGGCUUGGCAGUAGUAGCCGGGGUGAGGGCUUUGGAGGUUGGAUUUCGAAUAUGGUUGGUCGGAACCGAGGCGCCAGUACAAGCAGUCGGAGCCAAUACCGACAGGUUGGUCAGGAUGAAGGUGACGAGCAUUGA